AUGGAUCCUCUUCCGCAAGACCAUGGCUUUAAUCCCAAGGCUCUAGGCUCGUGGGCUCGGCGCACGGGUUUGGUCAGCGGCUUCAUGUCCCCGCGCCAGGACAGUGUCGUCGACGUCACCGAUGGCACCAAUACAGUCACACCCGCUCCAGGCGAACCCGCUUCGCCGUCCCGCGCUAGCAGCGCGGACGGCAGUAGUUUCCAAGCGAGCGGGUUUCAUGGUCAGGGGGAAGGGCACUUAGCGCAUGAGGGAUACGACGGGUACGAUAGUCACGGGGGGCACGGCGGGAAUGGGGGGCAAGUCUCCGCUCCCCAGCUUCCGCCACCGCCCGGACGAUCCGCGUUCAAGAAAGCGCCUUCAAUCCGCUACCCCGUCGCGCAGCGGGGCGAAGCGAGUAGUGACAGUAUCGGGGCCGGCAGCAUGUCACCUAAAACUCCCCAGGCGGUCGCUUCUGCGACUAUACCGGAAGCGGAGAACGAGGGGGUUUCGUCCAUUGAGGAAAGCGACGCGGGAAUGGGAAGCGCGCGACGGUCGGAAGAGGUGUCGAGCCGACAUGGGGGGAAGGUUGGCGGAGCGGUAGCAGCGGGUUGGGCAGGCGGGGCCUUUGUAGGCGCGGCGGUCGGCGGAAGGGUUGGCGGAAGCCAGGUGGCGCCGUAUCCGGAAGGGGAGGAGGGGGAAGCGGAGGGGGAGUAUGAGGGGGAAUAUCGGAUGGCGGAGGGGGAGUAUGGAUACGCGGAGGGGGAGGAUAUGGGGGGAGAUGACGAUAUGUAUAAAGAUGUGAUUGUAGACGAUAUGCCUUUAGAGGAGGGGAUGGAAGAACGGACGGGCGUGAUGAAUUAUGAGAUGAGGGAGAGACCCGAGGCCGGGUGGAUGGUGGCGUACGCGUUACAGCACAUGAUUGCGCUUAUAGCGAACGUGAUUGUGUUCCCGAUGAUACUUGUCCCCGCUAUGGGAGGCUCCGACCUCGACAAGGCGGCGGUGAUUCAAUCGGUGAUGAUGGUGACGGGCGUGGCGACCACGCUCCACGUGCUGCUGGGCACGCGUCUGCCCCUCGUGCAGGGGUCCUCUCUCGUGUACUUGGCACCGGCUAUCAUCGUCGCCAACUCGCCUCACAACCUCACCGCCGAUCCCUCACAGCGGUUCUCGUUGACAAUGCGGGAGACGAUGGGGGCAGUGAUCGUGGCGUCGCUGCUGCAAGUCGUUGCCGGCUAUUCAGGCUUCAUGUCACUUCUUAUAGAGCUCAUCAACCCGGUGGUGGUGGCACCAACCAUCAUGGCCGUGGGGCUCUCCUUCCUCUCCUAUGGCUUUCCAGUCAUCGGCCGCUGUGUGGCCAUCGGCCUGCCUGAGCUCAUCCUAAUUGUCAUCUUCGCACUGUACCUGCGCCGAGUGUCAUUCUGGGGCUCGAGGUUCUUCCAGAUCCACGCGAUCUCCCUAGGGUUGGCAAUCACGUGGCUCUAUGCCUUGGUGCUCACCCUAGCGGGCGUCUACAGCUACCCCGACUGCUCGCCCUCGGCCAUCUACCCCUCCUCCUCCCCGUGCUUCCAGAAGCAAGCCCUCAUGGCCUCCUGCCGCACCGACGCCUCCAGUGUUCUGUCGGACGCCAAGUGGGUGGCGCCCCCGUACCCGUUUCAGUACGGCAUGCCAAUCUUUCGGUGGGAGUCAAUGUGUGUGAUGCUGCUGCCUGCCCUCAUAUCAACCAUCGACUCGGUUAGCAACUACCACGCAACUUCCCUGCUGGUAGCUGUGCGGCCCCCGACAGGCGGGGUGGUGGGACGGGGGAUAGGCAUGGAGGGAAUAGCGAGCGUGCUGGCAGGGAUGUGGGGCACGGGGGGUGGCGCCACCACUCUCACUGAGAACAUUCACCUCGUUGCGGUUACCAGAAUGGGGUCGCGCGUUACGAUCAUUGUUGGGUCGGCGUUCCUCGUCUUCUUCUCGCUGUUCGGCAAGGUGGGAGCUCUGUUCGCCUCCAUGCCACCAGUCAUGAUCGGCGGGCUCCUCACCAUAAUGGCAGCCAUGGCAGCAUCGCUCGGACUCUCCUCGCUGCGCUACGCCGAGAUGGGCUCCUCGCGCAACCUCCUCAUCACGGGAUUGGCACUCUUCUUGUCUCUGUCGGUCCCGGAUUACUUCAAGACGUACACUGCAUCCAAUGGCCAUGGCCCCAUCAACACAUCUAGCUCCGGGCUCAACUUUGUGCUCAACUCGCUGCUCGCCCUCCCCAUGGCCAUCGCCUUCAUGGUUGCUUUCUUCCUCGACAACACUGUGCCUGGCACGGCCACCGAACGAGGCCUCUACGUCUGGUCCGGACGUAAGGCAGCUCGGGCCGACCCUCUCAUGCAUGAGGACUAUGACCUGCCGUUCGGCUUGAGCAGAUUCUUCUCCUGGGUCUUCUGGCUGGGCGUGUGA